CCAAAGCCCAUCGCAGAAACCCGCCUCCACAAAGAAAUAAGGAUAUUUUUGAUUUAGCCACAACAAUGAUAAGAACCCAAAAAGCUGAAAUGUACGGUUUGACCAGUGAAAUAACACAAAUUCAGAGAAGGGAAAACCCGAAUACAUUUCGUUAUUCUGAUUCCAAUCAAUGUUCUCCACCAAUUGAUAUUAAUGAGAAAACGAAAGAAACAAGCGUGGCCGAAGCUAGUGCCUCAACGUCCGAUAAAAACAUUCAACCGACCGCUCAUCACGGUCAAACGGCCAACAGCUCUUUCAUAUCAGGAUUAAGCGAUAAGACGAAAGAAUCUCCACUCAACGAGGAACACAUUCUUAUUAACGUUUUGAACACAGAGAAAACACCAAAGAGUGGUAUAGAAAACCCAGCAUUUUUGAAUCGUGAUUCAGACGAGAGGAAUUUAGCAAAACGAACUGCAGUGACUGAAAAGCAAGACGAUGCUAAAGAAGGCAACGAAGUAAUCCAUGAGCAGCAACAGCAGGAGCAGCAACAGCGUGAACAAAAUAGCAGCAACAGUAGCAGCAUUAGAAAUAGUGGUGCUCGAUGUAAAGUGAAUGUAAAUGCGCCCACUCGUGUAGAUUCCCCAUCAUCUUCGUUGAGUUCUUACAGGAAACAAUCCCGUCGACGUUGCAAUGAAAGCCUCGACGAAAUAGACAGAGUCGUUUUUCGCAACAAGGACGAUGUUCAUCGCACGGUUCUCGGUGCUGAAAGGUUAAUGUAUGGUGGCUGCGGCAGUAAUGACGAUGCUUCAAGAGAAUCGGAGAUUGGGAACGAAGUCAUCGAAUACGACACCGGCGGUUUGUCGAGCAGUGAUGAGUGGGAGCUGGGAAACCAAUCGAGCGCAAACUCCAGCCAAAGCAGUGUGUUUGCUACGACGGUAAGACUUGAAAACGUGUCCGACUGGUCGGCAUGUGGUGAAACCGUCUCUACGGGAAGUAGUAAGAGCGGAUCGAAAGACAGUGCCUCUGCGUUGUUGGGCGUGCCCCCGUCUGAGUAUUACAAGCGAUCGUUGAAAAUGAAGGACAACCGAGUAAAAUCAACAAUACGGCGCCACGCCCUUCGAGGGGUGCGUCCUUUACUCCCUGCUUCUAUGAUUGACGAGUGCACGAUAGAGGCACUGUCCAAAGAAGACCUUCUAGUCAUGUGGAAAUCGUCAGAGAUCGAACUCCAGAAGAAACUCGGUGAAGUUAUGGAGCAAAAAGAAAAGCUAAAACGCCUCAUUGAAAAACAUACUGAUCAUACAGAACUUUAGUUACGGCAAUAAUCCUGACCAUUGUCCAAAAGGUAGUGAGUACGACCGAGAAAAGCAGAACACCGGAAUUAACGGUUCACUGCAUUUAGUUCGCUACCUCAAACUUCCGACUGAGUUCAAUUCCCGCCGGGGGUCGACUUUGCCUUUUAUUCCUCCGGGGUCAAUAAAAUGAAUACUUGUAAUAUAAUAAUGUGAAUACAGACCUACUUGAGCAUUGUGUCCGAAUUAAAACAGGUCACGUGUCGAAGUAAAAACACCUAUCAUACUA